AUGUCAGAUUUAGUUUCAGAUUCAGACGAAAAGAAGAAGCCUCAAUCAUCAUCCAAAGAGGAUAUCGAGAGAUUUUCCGAACCUAUAUUAACGAAAACGGUAAGACAUCGCUAUAAUCCGGUUAUCUCUGAUGAGGAAGAGGAAGAUGUCACAGAGCCAAAUGGGUCCUCAGGGAAAAGUGAUUCGGUUGGUAAAGGAAAGGAGGGAUCCACGUUGGAAUCAUCAAAACAGAAGACAGAGAAGGACAAUGCUAAUAAUACAGAUGCUUUGGCCACCGAAAAAAAGAAGAGUACAUACAAUUAUUACAACUUGAAGAGCUUCAAGCGAAAGAGGACAAACCCUGAAGAAGACAAGCGGAAUAUUGAAAAGCCGGAAAAGGUUGGGCCACAAUUGGAGCAAGGUGGACAACCGGUGAUUCCAAAGAAGCCACCAGUUAAAAAAAACUUGAUGGCACCGGAUGGCUGGGCACAUAGGAAAGAAUCUAGACCAUCGUGGAUGCCUGAAGAUUUAUACAAAAAAAGAUUAGAGUCUGUGGAGGUUCUUGCUUCUCCUGAAUCACACAAAGUUCAAAGUUUAAAAGUCGUUCAUUCGAAGCUGUCGGCUCGAUUAGAAAGAAAGAAUUAUAGCCCUUCGGAAUCGGCCUUGGGGGGUGCAUCUUCUGCUCUUCCUCAAAGACCGGUCACCAGAGUCGAACAUCAAAGUAUGGUCCGAAAUUUUUACAACGAUCAAACAUUUAGGUCCAAGAGACAGAAAAGAAAUCAAUCCAAGAUAUAUAAAUUACGGUCAUUCAAUAACUGCUGCAAAUAUAUUUUAAUCAACAAAUAUGCAGUUCGCGGUGGAAAUGUCUUAGAUCUUGGAUGCGGGAAAGGUGGUGAUUUGGCCAAGUGGGAAAUGGCACAGAUAGCGUCGUAUGUGGGUGUUGAUAUAUCGGAUCAAUCUAUCAGGGAAGCCAUUCACAGAUACAGAGGAGGAAGAUACGGAUUCAGGGCUAUAUUUGCAACUGGUGACGCUUACAACACACCUCUCCCUGAUAUUUUGACGAAUUUCCAGGAUGAAGUAAAUUUAGAGUUCGAUACGGUCUCGCUUCAGUUUUGCUUUCAUUAUGCAUUUAUCAAUGAGCAAACCGCAAGACAUGCCCUCGAAAAUAUAUCAAGGUCAUUGAAACUAGGAGGAAUGUUCAUUGGAACCAUGCCAUCUUCCGAUUUCAUACGAUGGAAAAUUAGAAGAUUGGCCCCAGGUGAAAAGAAAUGGGGUAACAGCUUAUAUUCCGUUGAAUUUCCUGAAGUACCACCGAAGGAUGGAAAUUUUGAGAGCGCUUUCGGGAAUUUGUACACAUACUAUCUAGCGGAUGCUGUGGAUCACGUUCCUGAGUAUGUUGUUCCCUUUGAAAAACUUCGUGCAUUAUGUGAAGAGUAUAAUAUGGAGCUUCGUUACAAAAAAAACCUGUUUGAAGUUUUCAAUAAGGAAAUACCAAAAUAUUUCCAUCGUCUUCCCCAUCCCUUGAUGCAAUCAUUACGAAGAGAAGACGGCACAUAUGGAAUUUCUGGAGAGGAUAGAGACGCCUGUUCAUUCUAUUUGGCAUUUGCGUUUGAAAAAACGAGUUGCUAG